AUGCGGCUACGAUCCGCUCUACUCCUGUCGACGGCCUUAGGGCUAAUGACAACCUUUGUUAUGGCACAAGAGAAGAUAGAAACGGGCUGUGCAAAUGACAUGUUCUUGUGUCCACGUGAGGCUAGCUGUAUACCGUAUGAUUGGGUGGGUGAUGGAGAGAACGACUGUGAGGAUGGUGCUGAUGAGAUCGGUCAGGCACCUAGAAUUAGUGGACCUGUUAAGAAUAAGGUGGGUGUUGUUAGCAUUUACUGAGUCGCAAGAGCCUAUUACUAUAACCAAAAACAUUUCAGAACAAGCCCAUGUCAAGCGACCCCUUCUCAGAAUCCCAUCAACAAGACCAACCACCACCAAAUCAACUGGUCGGUAACCCAGCGGACUGUUCCGCAAACCACAAAGCAGCUAUGACAGCCUGUGUCGAAAACCUGGAUUCCUGGGCCACAGACUUGGCCUUCACCAACUUCUCCCAAGUCUCCAUCUUCAAUGACGAGUUGAGCAUGGCCAAGGUGGAGCAGGGCUGUGCCUUACUCCAAGAAUUCUCCAGCUGCAUGGAUGGACUGCCAGCUAGCUGCGUGCCAGAACAAAAAGAGCUUCAGGACUUCCAGAAGAUUCAGAUGUAUGCUUGCGAGUUGUUGGUUCCUUCGUUAAAGGAGCAUUUGAAUUGUUUUGGCAAAGCCAGAGACCAAAAGUGUGGUGUACCAAGUGCACCAGGUGACAAAAGUGUUAUCUGCCGUUUGGUAUCGUCAGUUCAUGCUGACAUCAACUGUGUAGCUCAAGUACGUCCAGAAGAAUGUGACGAAGUAGCUAUCGAACUGUUCGAGCCAAUGAAACAAGAAACACAACAUGUUCUUGAUGAUCUACAGUGUUCACAAAGCUCUGGUUCACCUUCAUUAACUGACUCUGCUUCAGAUUCUGUUCCACCAAACGUAGCUACAUCUUCAGGACGUCCAAUCGUUGAUCUACCUCUUUCCCGAAGCACCGCUGUAAACCCAGCAACGGCUCAAAUGACAACAAUUGAAGUUCCAACUUCAGAAGAUGUACAAGCAAGAACUACUCAAGAAGUCGAAGCCCAAACUUCAGAACCAUCCACUGGCUCGGCUCCAGUUUCUCAACCAAGCCUUCCAGACGACGGUAAACAAGAAUCCAACGAAAGAAUCGUCAUUGAAGAGCCGUCGAUGAACGAACAGUCGAUGGACGAACAACCAAAACAAGUUCAAGCUGUUCAGCCAACCAGAACAACUACUACAACAUCCAAAUCUGAAAACAAACCAAAAUCCGAAAGCAGCUCAAAGUCUGACGGUAAACCAGCUUCUGAUGCUGAUUCAAAAUCCGAAACCAAAUCAGAAUCGAGAUCAGAAGCCAAGACCACAAAAGCUCCAGUAGCCAAACUAAGCCCAGCCAGCAAACAAGUCCUCGAUUUGUCCAACUCUUUGUUCGCUUUUGGCAAUGUUGACCAAAUUUGUAAUGUCGAGUCCAAGGACGAUGUGUGGGCUCCAGUCAGGAAGCGUAUCUGCCACCGAAAGGAAGAUCUGAUCGUUCAUAGCAACUGCUUCUUGGAGACGGCUUUGAAGGACAAACAAUGUGUCGCUGACAAAGUAAUUGCCAGUUUAUAUGAAAGUAAAACAAAAGCACAGCUAAAACUUUCCAUUUUGACAAAACUUCCUCAAAUUUGGGCUAAAAAUUAUAUUUUUAUUUAUCAAAAAUUUUGUCCGAUACUAGCGGCACGAAGUGUCAAAUUUGAUCCAGCGAUUUUUAUUUAUCUCGAUGUAGCUUGUUCGGUUUAGAGACUAUUUUUGCAUUUAUAAUAGACAAAACCUCAAUCAAACUUAUAUUAAAAUUAAAGCUCAGGCAUCAGGCUAUCUUUCUAUAUAAGUUUUGAGUAGUUUAACACAAAAUAAAACACUUUUUGAACUGAGUGAAACCCUGAAAACUAAAACUUUUUGAACCAAUCCUUUGUCGCAUAGCUUUUAGCACAGAACUGGCCUGGUUAUUGACUUUAUAUACUUAAAAUAAGGCAAUUUCUCUGAAGAAAUUUAUGUUAUCGUCUGUGCAAAUAAUUUUUGAGUUUUAAUACCCUUGAUUCCGAUAUUAUAGUAGGCCAUCACAUCAUUUUAAAGUCAAAAACUUUAAACUAUUAUAAGAAUCGUUUUGUUUUAGAACUUUGCUGUUUUUAUUAGUGUUUAUUUCUGUUAUCUUACAGCUAUAUUAAUUUUACUUAGUUUUUUCUAUACUUUAAUAAAUUUCAUUUUCAGUCAACCAAAUCUUCACCAUGCGCCACUUUGGAAGCUUUCAACAAGAACGUCGACUGCGUUAUCGUGUCUUUGAACGACUUGUGCCCUGUAGAAGCUCAAGACGUUGUAAUUGCCAUUCAGGAGAGCUUGAACGACGAAGCGAUUGACCUGAAGUGUUACGAAGAAAAAGACAAGGUUCAACGAGAAGAGGAGAAGAAGGCCGGCAAAGAGGAAGGCGACGGCUUCAGCUUGUCUCCACAGAACCCACGCUGCAAUGGAGAUCAGGAGAACGCGGCUUUGGUUUGUUUGGUCGAACUUGUGGAGAUCAACAAGAAAUUGAGCGAAUUCCACAGAGUAAACUUCUUACUGGAGGUUUCUGAUGCCAAGAGCAAGUUGAUGAACGAGAUUUGCGACUUGUACUCGAGGUACGACCAAUGUCUGGUGGAUAGUGUGUUCUCGAAGAACGGUGGUCAAAGAUGUUCCUUCAACUCGCCUCUUAACACCUUGGCUAGAAUCGGUCUUUCUCCUAUUUGUACUCCCAAAUAUAGGCAAUUGUUAGUCCAGUCCAGAGACUGUUUGAUGAAAGUGGCUAACGAACCAGGAUCAGCCCAAUGUCAAGCUGGGCUUCAUCAUCUUGGCGACAGUGUGGGACGUAUGAUUCAAGGAAUUCAUGGUGAGGCAUUGUUGUGCAAGUCCUUCUACACUUUGAGGGAUGCAUUCAACUGUGGCGAAGCUUUGGUUCAACGGGAUUGUGACGCAAAGACUGUUGAGGAUUUGAACAAUUUGAAGGAAUUGGUAUGUUAAUUCAAGUUGAAUUAGCUUUUGUGCAAAUUUUUUUAAAUUAGUUAACAAAAUUUAUAAAAUUAGUAUUUUAGGUAACAAAAUCUGUAAAACUAGGAUUUUAGGUAACAAAAGUUAUAAAAUGCAAUUUUAGGUAACAAACUUUGAAAAAGAUAGGAUUUUAGGUAACAAAAUCUAUAAAAGUAACACUUUAAGUAACAAAAUCUAGUAAAAUAGGAUUUUAGGUAACAAAAUUGAAAAAAAUCUUUAAUAAUGGAAAAAAUAAAAAAUUAAUCUGACAAUUGUGAGAAAUUAUAAAAAUCCCAUUUCAGAUGACCUCUCUCGGCCUAGAAGAAGGUUGUCCAGCCCAAGAACCAGCCAACUUGAACGAAAUCAUCAGUCGACCGGUUCAACAACCAGCUCAAGUUCAGCCGAAAACGAGCCCACCUGUCGCUCGACCAAUGACUCCAACUCCAGCAGCUGCUUGUGAAGCUCACGAGCAAGCUCAGUUUGGAGAGUGUGUCAAACCAUUGACUGCUUUCAAGCCUCAUCCAAUCGCUGUUGUUGCUCAACCAAAGGACAUUGCUCAGGCUUGUGAAGCUCACAAGAACUUCUUGGAAUGUAGAAAGAAUUUGCAGGUAUGGGGGUGUUAUGAUUGGUAGGGGAGGGUAGGAUAGGGUAUGGUAGGCCAGAGUACGGUAAAUUAGGGGUGAGGUACGGCAAAGUAGGGUAGGGUAAAGUAGGAUAUAGUGGAAUACGGUAGGGUAAGGUAAAUGAGGGAGGGUAGAGCCUGUCAAAUUAUGGUAGGGUAAAAUAUAAUAAGAUAGGGUACUAUAUAACAUGCCAGGGCUUAAUUAUGCUUAAAUUUAAAUUUUUUCAAAAGUUUUUUUACAUUUUCAAAUUCCAGUGCUUCCCCCUAUGGGCUCGUGGUAUGUCGGCUAUGUUCGACUAUGCCUGCAACGCUGGUGCAGACAAAUACUCUGGAAUCAAGCAAUGUGUUCGUAAGGUUACCACACGUGCUGAUGUCCGAGAAUGUGUGAAUACCUUCUCCAAGUCAGCUCCACAAGAAGCCUGUGUCUCUACCAACCGGCUUCUUGGCUGUGCUUUGCCACCAAUCACUGAAAAGUGCGGGCAUGUGGCCAAGGAGUUUGUCACGGAGUAUGUUCGCAAGUUUGCCAAUACUAUUGAUUCCAAUUGCAAGGUUGGAGAGGAGUUCAAGGAGGAAGGUGAGGGUUGUUUUUGUUUUUUUAAAUUUUUGAAAACAUUAAAUUUUAUGCUUUUUUUGUUUAAAAAUUUUUUUUUUAAUCAAAAUGAGUUUUUAAAAGUUUUGUUAUCUAAAAUUUAAAAAAAUUGAAUUUUUAGGGAUAUUUUUCAAUUUUGUUACCUAAAAUUUAAAAAAAAUUUAAUUUUUAAGGACUUUUUUUGAAUUUAUUACCUAAAAUAUAUUUUUUAUUAAAACUAAAUAGCAUUUGAAGCAUUUUUUUCUAAUUUUGUUACCUAAAAUUUAAAAAAUUUGAAUUUCAGCCGUCCGUGCCAUUUCCACCUUCAACUGCACAGCCAACGAAGACCAGAUUAUUGAGCACUGUUCGGCACCUCUUAAUGACAUUUCCGCUCGUCUUGACGACCUCUUCCACGGUGGUCUUCAGUCCAUUCUCAAGAAUCUUAACAGUCUGGCUCCAGUCUUUGCCCAAGGCUGUAACUUGACGGCCGAAUUCAGAACGUGUGCCAAACCAGUACUGGAACGUGAUGGACCAUGCACAGUAUCGUCUUGUUUGGUUCGUGCUGGCAAUGGAAUUUGCAAUCAGCCGGAUGUUGUUGAGGCUAUUGAUACUAACCUUGGCUGUAUCUUUAAGCAGGUUAAUAAUCCUGAAUUUGGAAAGUGCCUAAGGAACACAAUUGCCACUUUGAAGGAUAUUAAUUUAUCUAAACUGAAGGCUGUUCUGCCAGAGUUUGUCGACUGUGUGGAGCCGAUUGUGGUCGAUAAGUGUGGUAUAGUACCAGUGAACGUGCUGAAAGCUCUUGGAUCAAGAGAAGUUUGUCCAAUCGGAUUCAUCCCAGAGCCAUUGCUUGAAGCUACCCCAGUAUCUACUACUCAAGCUACUUGUACUGAAGAAAAGAAGCAGCAGUUUGCUGGUUGUAUCCAGCCAAUCGUCACCAAGUACCCAUUCAUGCCUAUCAGUCUAGUAGCUAAAGGUAUCAACGGCGAACAAGUCUGUCACGAUGUAGAAACCUAUCAGAAGUGCUACGAGAACAUUGGCGUAUGUCCAGAACCAGCCGAAUCCGCAUCUCUGCGCAAUGUGCUGAGUCAACUCUGCGCAGCACGUACUGUAUUUGAUCAGCAUCGUACUUGUCUGUCUGACAUUGCUGAAGGCCCGAAGGCUAAGGAUUGUUUCAAGGAUUCAGAAUCUUGUGAAUCCAUCAACGCCGGCCUUCAAUGUGUAGCCGAGAGUGUGAACGAACAAUGUGGACCUGAUGCUCUACAGUUCGCCUUCAAUGCUAUGAAUGACAGGAAACGAGAAUGUCGCCUUCAAUUGCCAUCCGUAGCGCUACAGACUGGUUGUAGUGAAGAUCAACUGAUUUCGUAUCUGGAGUGUGAUUCCAUCAUUGAUAACUUCCACUUCCAACCGAUUACUUUUAUUAGGUAAAUUUUGGAAUUUUUUUUAUUUUAGGUAUUAAAAUUUGAUAAAAAUUUUUUUUUGGAUUUUAGGUAUUAAAAUUUAAAAAAAGUUUUUUUUUGAAAAUUAGGUAACAAACAUUUUUUCAGCAACGCCUCCGAAUGGGACGCCUUCUGCAGCAUCGUGGAGACCAAGUAUCGACCAUGUUUGGACAAGUUGUCUUGUCGGUUUGAACCAGUGUCUACUGCUUCUUUGACUUUAUUCGAAAACUUGUGUGAACGUGAAAUCACUCGCCGUGAUCAACGCAAGUUUGCUGAAUGUUUGGCUGAAGUUGCGGAUAGCAGUGAAGGCAAACAGUGCUUGGAGGUUUAUAAGGUAAGUUAGCUUUGAAAUGUUGAUUGUCUUACUGUAGUAUUGUUUGUCUUUCUGUGGUAUGUCAGACUUAACCUAGCGUUGCUUUACCUUAUUCUAUCCUACCCUACUCUACUCAACCUACCCUCGUCUUAUCAACUAAACCUUAAAAUUUCAGAGCGUAGACCUUCUGGCCAAGAAUGCGAACGAACAAGUUUGCUCAUCAGUCAAUGAAAUCCUGAACUGUGCUUCUGGAGCCAUUACGAAAACGUGUGGAGAUGACGCUCUCUUGCACGUCUAUGACAUCCAUGGUACCUGGGUACAAGUAUUCAAUGCCACUUGUGUGUUACAACCAGUCAACUUUGAAGAAAAGACUAAAACCAUCACUUCUAGGCCUGUUAUGAAGGUAAGGAGCUUGUUUUAGGUGGCAAAACAUGAAAAAAUUUUUGAAAUUCAAAAUUUUGAAAUUUAAAAAAAUUUAAAUUUAAUCUUUCAGCCAAAGGUCCCAGAACCAGAGCCAAUCCCAGAGCCAGAACCGGAACCAUCUCAACGGCCUCAUCAUGUUGACAUCCUCGACCAUGACCACCAUCACACUUCACCUCAACCUGAACCCGAGCCCGAACCAACUUCAGCUCCACCAGCUUCAGGCGCAGCGAGAGUUGGUCGUGCUGUUGUUGGACUUUUGGUCAUGUUGGCAGCUGUUUUGUUGGUCUAG